AAUAUUUAGUCUGAGAUCCAUUGUGUUGCUUCCUUGUUUCCAGAAUGAAGAGUUCAUUGCUUGGAGAGAGCCUCGAAUGAGACCAGUUUCCAGAAGAAGCGAAGAGAGAAGUUUGGUUGCCUGUGAGGGAGAAGUAAUUCAAAGCCCUCCUAAAUUUCUACCUUCUGUCUUCUGGGUUAUUGAUUGAAUCCUGAAGAUUUUCCUUCUACCUGUUCUAUCCAGAGAGAACCGCUUGCUUUCUCUGCUCCGGCCUAGGCCCACCCGGAAACGAAAAAGGAGAUGUGAAACAGCUUGAAAAUACAACAUUGAUUCUGGAAUCUUGUUUUCUUUUCAAACUUGGAGGUUAGAAGUUGUUUGUGGGCCAAAGUAUCUCAUAAGGAAGGAAGGCUAGAUAGUGUACCAAGAUUUUUAUCCAGGGCUCUUAAAUCCGGUGGAGAUCCAUUGGCCCCUUUCAUAGCCUCAGUCUUGGAGAUCCAAGGCAGCUGUUGGCAUCCUUUGCACCUGGAUUAGAAAAUGGAGGGACAACACCCGUUAUACGCAGAAGCUGGACAAAGCUCUGUUUAUACUCAGUUUGGGAGCUGUGAGGCAGUCAGAAUAAAAACUGAAGAGAUGAGCCCAGAGGAAGAAUCUAUCAUAGCGGUCAGGAUAAAAACUGAAAAGAUAGACCCAGAGGAAGACUCUAUCAUAGCGGUCAGGAUAAAAACUGAAGAGAUGGACGCAGAGGAAGAGCCUAUCAGCUCAGAGGUCCAGCGUGAAAACUUCAGGAAAGCCUACUACCAGGGGCCCAGAGAUACCUGCAGCCGUCUCCAUCACCUUUGUAAUCAGUGGCUGAAACCAGAAAGACAUACAAAGGCCCAGAUGCUGGACCUGGUGGUUCUGGAGCAGUUCCUGGCUGUCCUGCCCCCAGAGAUGGAGAGCUGGGUGCGGGAGUGUGAACCAGAGACCAGCUCCCAGGCGGUGGCCCUGGCGGAAGGCUUCCUCCUGAGCCAGGCGGAGGAGCAGAAGGAGCGGGUCAAGUUGCAGGCCCAAAGGCAUCUCUCUACCAUUCCUCAAUGUCUGGAUGGAAAGAGCAACCCCUUAAAUCUUUCCCAGGAACAGCUUAUUUGGAAGAUAUCCCAGGAAAGUCGACGUUUGGGCAUCCCUCCAGAGAAUAUCAUGAAGUCACUGGUAUUCAUGGGUCUCUCUCCCUUUUCUGGCGAACCCAAAAAAGCACCCAAGCGUCCAGUUCAGGAUUUUGUGACUUUUGAAGACGUCGCGGUGUAUUUCUCCGCGGAGGAAUGGUCUCAGCUGGAUCCUGAUCAAAAAGCCCUUCAUAAAGAAGUCAUGCUAGAAAACUACAGAAAUGUGGCUUCUCUGGUAGCCCGUCAAAGGUUGAAAAGGGAAAAGAUUCUUUCAGCAAGAAUCAGUGAGCAACCAAGAUCGGAAUCAGUUGUAUCGGAAUCGGCCUUGGAUGAUAUAAAACAGUCACAAGGACAACCACUCCAAGCCAUUCACAGGAUAAAUAUGGAACAGAUUCCUUCAGUAAGAAUCAGUGAGAAACCAAGAUCGGAAUCAAUUAUAUCAGAAUCGGUCUUGGAUCAUAUAAAACAGUCACAAGGACAACCGCUCCAAGCCCUUUACAGGAUGAUAAAAGAACAGAUUCCUUCAGUAAGAAUCAAUGAGAAACCAAGAUCGGAACCAGUUGUAUCAGAAUCUGUCUUGGAUAAUAUAAUACAGUCACAAGCACAACCAUUUCAAUGUGGAGAAAGCAGCAACUCAAUUAUUGAUAUAAAUAAUGAUAUCUUCAAGAUUGAAAAUAAUAUUCCUGAAAUCUGGUCAGUGCAACAAUAUCGCAGUUUUAAAGGAAAAUACGAUGGAUUGGACGUUUUUAACAAAAAGUUAGGUUGCAAGUAUUGUGCAAAACAUGACUCCAUAAAAAUGAAAAGUAUUCAUGUUUCAAAUGCAUGGAAAUAUUUUCAGAUUGAGGCAGCGGGGAAAAAUAGAGACGUUAAACAAGCUUCUCUAAGGAAAAAAAUGAGAGAACAUUUUUUAUCAAAAGCCCAUAACAUUUGUAAAGCGAACAUAAAGCAAUGUGAGGAGGAUUUAAUAGCAAAAUUUAAAAUGAAUGAAAAACAUUUACAAGCUACUUGCAGAGUAUUUAAUACAGUUUACAGCUUGGCACAAAGAUGUAAACUAUUUUCAGACAUCGAAGAUGAGAUAGAAGUGCAAAUUAAAAAUGGGUUAGAUAUGGGAAUAGGAUUACACUCAUGUAAAACUGCAGUGAACAUAGUUGAUUUCAUUGCAAAUGAAAUUAAACAACAAUUAUUUACUAAAAUCAUUGAAAAUAAUCUGAAAAUAUGCUUGAUUGUUGAUGAAGUUGCAACGAUAUCUUGCAAACCAGUCAUUAUACUUUUCUUAAAAGUUGAGGAUUCAAUUACAUCACCAACCAUUUUCCUUGAGUUAGUUGAAUUGGAAAAACAAGAUGAAGAGACAAUAUGUUCUUCAGUUAUGAAAAGUUUAAAUAAUGUCGGGUUUACGAAGAACUACCUAAAAAAAAAUUUAAUAGGAUUUUGCUCCGAUGGUGCCAGUGUUAUGCUUGGGAGAAAAUCUGGAGUGAGCACCAUGAUAGCAAAAGAGUUUCCAAACAUAGUAAUAUGGCACUGUUUAAACCAUCGCCUCCAGCUAGUUUUGGAUGAUUCGAUAAAGGAAAUAACGCAAGUAAAUCACUUUAAAAUAUUUAUUGAUAAAGUACGUACUAUUUUUCAUCAAUCCAAUAAGAACCAAAGUGAACUUGCCAAAAUAUCAAAACAACUUGGAAUUGAAAUUAUGAAGAUUGGUAGUGUGUUGGGACCAAGAUGGGCUGCCUGUAAUUUAAGGUCAACCCUAGCUGUGUGGCGUGCUUAUCCAGCGCUACAUCACUAUUUUCAUUCAAAUAAAAAGUACUUGGGUAUGGCGGCCCGUCUUGAAAAUAUACAUUUUAUAACUGAUUUGGCAUUGAUGAUUGAUAUUCUGAAUGAAAUUUCUUAUCUUUCAAAUGCACUGCAAGCAAAAAAUGUGGACAUAAUAAAGGCUGAGAAACUUUUGAUGGGAUCUAUUAAAGCGUUUCAAGUGCUUGGAAAGGAAAAGGGUCCAUACGAAAAAAAAGUGGAUGAAUUAAUUAUUUCGGAAACCUUCAAAAAUAUCAAAUUUGUAAAAAAUGAUCGAUUCCUUGGGCUUCCUCGGGAAAGACUUUUAAAACACAUCAUAAUGAAUUUGAGGAAAAAAUUAAUGGAUUGUGAACAUUUGAAAACAGACUGUAGCCGAUUUCAAGACAGGAAUAAAUUACAAUUUUUCAAAUUUUUGGAGCCAGAUUAUUGGAAUAUUGAAGAAAUAGCAGUUCCAUGGAAAGCCGGUGAAGAAGAAUUGCUCAUAUUUAAUGACAUUUUUAAUUACCAAAUUGAUAUUAAUGAUUAUCGAGAUUUUGUGGAAAAUGUUUUAGAAAAUUCCCAGAAAUAUGCAAUUCCUCAAAGUAUUCAAAGAGCGAAAAAUAUUAUCAGAACAAUUCCUGUCAGUUCAGCAGAAGCAGAAACUGUUUUUUCAAACAUGAACAUCAUAUGUUCACAGAAUACAAGUCACCUGACUGUUUCUAAUGUAUCAAACAUAAUGACUAUUAGUCUAAUUGGUCUACCUCUCAAAGAAUGGGAUCCUACCCUUACAGCGGAAAGAUGGUUAAAGGUGAAUCAGACAGCCGACGAAAUGCUGAAAAUUGCAAGUGAGGACACCAACCGAAAAGCAAUAUGGAAAUAUCUGACAUAACAGUUGUAUUGGUUUUUGCCAGGUAUUAUGUAAUAGUUCCUUACUAUUUUGAAACUUUCUUAUAACAAAAUCUAAUUUUGUGUACCUCUUUUAUUGUUCUUAUUUAAGUGUCGUGAACAUCCGCUAAGGCUGUUUUGGAGGCUUCAGGAUUGACACACAAUAGGGAGAGGGAGAAAUAGAUGGGGUUUUGUAGCCAAAAUAAUAAAAAGUUUUGCUAUGGGAACCAAGGACAUUCUCACAGGUGGCUGGCCAGAGGAUGAGGGAAGUAACCAAGCAACCAGCAAGGUCCUGGAUUGGGCAAUGUGACCAGGGACUUGGAGGGGAACAGGGGAAACUUUUUACUGUUAAUUCGGUGAAAACUGCAAGAACUUUUAUAGAGUCAGCUUCUACCAGUUGUGCCAAUAUGAUGUAUCCAAUAAAGCUGUUCUUUGAGGAACUUGCCUGCCUCGGAGUUCUAAUUUCUAUGGGUGCAUUACUUGGAAGACUGACAUUAAGUAUUAAAUUGAUGAAAUCAGGAGAGGCGAGGAGUGGCUGGGAGAGGAGAGGCGCCCCUCAAUGUGAGGGAUUUGGUCACACCUACCCAGUCACAUGACUACCCAGCCAUGCCUUCCCAGCCAGUCAUUAGGGCAGAGAAUCAGUUGUUAAGUUAUUGGAA